AUAUAAGAGUAUCAUCCCGAGCGCGUUGACAUCGCUUGGGUCUUCUGGGAGUGUUUCCAUGGGAACGAUGGCCAUUCACGUCGAUCGGUGUAUGAACUUGGGAAGCAUUGCCCGCCGAGACAUCCUCUUCCGUCGUCGUUUAUACAUUGUCGUAAUGUACAGUGAUGGGGCCACCAAACACCGCAGCCCAGCAGUGGUAGUCACAGACGAUACCGCGAUCUUUGACUUCAACGUAGAAUUUUCGCUCUUCCCUGAACACCGUGCGCUUGACAUUGAGAUCUUUGAGAAACGGCGCGUGAGCAAAGACUCACGCGUAGCCACGGGACAGAUCAACCUCACACGCGUCUACGGCCAAUGCUGCAAAAGGAAAGACGGCGAACCGUUUGAGUUGAGUGCGCCGUUGGUGUUGGAUGGUGCCGUGAUCACACGCACAGACACCACUGAAAUGAACAGGAGUAGCUAUCAGGAGAAGACGAACAAACCCACACCACCUAGUAAGUACAACACGUGGGAUAUAAAGACAUACAUGAGUGUGCACAAUGAGUGGCUGCACAACACGUCAUUGCCCAAUGAGAUGGCCCGUAUGAAUCUAUCGGCGAAUAGGAAUCGAAGUUUAGGUACGAUCUAUUAA